AAGAGGGGACUCUUGAUUUCUAAGUAAGACAAAUCACGUGCUCAGUCAUUAUAUAUAUAUAAGGAAUCAAUCUUAUUAGAUACAAUAUCAUUACGCCUGUAAAUGAGGGAUUUUAUUUUCUAGGUAGUAACAACGAUAAACGGGAUUAUGGAAAUCAAAAUUGUGCUUUCUCUUAUUUCGUUUGCUUGCUUUUGGCUCGCGGAUGGCUGUGACCGAAAUAAUGUAAACUCUUGUAAAGAUGAUGCUACUUGUCGUAUACAUUCCUCAAACACCCAUGGCAAAAGACACACAAGGAGUGUUCAGAAGAACGGGGCUAAUUAUAGCAUCAUGCUACGAGCUGAUCCGUGUAGUUUCAAUACAUAUGACAUCGACGAGGACGGGGCAAUCACUAAAGAAGAAUUCAAUGCUUUACUCGGUAUCAACGAGGAGACUGACGCUCUCUUCAUAGAUCUGAAUCUGAUGACAGAUGAUGGAAACUCCGUUAUAAAACCGGACGAGUUCUACACGAUGGUACCUCUGAUCAUAACUGAUUGUUUCAAAUCCGACAAGUAAUCACACCUCGAGUUUAUUUCCAGAGAAAACCUUACUCACUUUAAAUCAAUUGACUGUGCUUGAAUCAAAUAAAUUGUUUUGAGUCUUCUGUAAAAGCACGUGUUCUGAAAUAGGUGCAAGUGUAAAAAGAUAUGAACUGUCAUAUUAUUAAUUGCUUACGUUUCAGCCACAAACCGUUUACUCAUUCAUUGAUAUAAAAUGUGUGAUUUGUAUCAUUAUGAAAUUUUGAAAUGUUUUAAUUUUAACAAGUUUGAUAUAAGUGUGACGUAGGAAACAUACUACUGUAUUUUCUGUUUAGGGUUUUGACCCUUAUCGUUUUAAAUCAAUACAUAAUAUAAACAUGUUUCUUUCCCUUCUUCUUCUAUUGCACACACGGAACACCUUUAGUAUUGUAUUUAAUUCUCUGUACAAUUAGCAAAAGAUGCAGUAAAAUGUAUGAAACACCUUGCAAAAAUAGAAUAUCAAACUAAAGAUCUCUUAAAAUAUACAUGAUAUAGUGCCUAAUAAACAGUUUAAAUUUCA